AUGUUUUUGAAUCAUUUAAAAGCUUCAGUUAGGAAGGGAACGACUUGUGGACCCGUUCUACUACAGUCAAGACUAUUCACAGCGAAGAGUUCUGCAAUAAGCUUAGCUUACGAUAAAUUCUCGAAAGGCACUAGCACAGCGUCCCCUUUACUUAUAUGCCACGGAUUGUUUGGAUCAAAACAAAACUGGUCUUCCUUGGGAAAAGCUUUAAACGGAAGACUUUCUCGAGAUAUAUACACUAUUGACCUUCGAAAUCACGGUGACAGCUUACACACCGAUGAGCACAAUUACGAGCUCAUGUCAGAAGAUCUCUACCAAUUCAUCAACGAACAUGAGUUGAAGAAGCCUGUUCUACUCGGUCAUUCAAUGGGCGGCAAAGCAGUUAUGGCAACUGCAUUAAAAUACCCUGAUAUAAUCUCUAAAUUAGUUGUAGUAGAUAUGCCCCCCGUGUCCAUGAAUUUGGCCAAUAAUUUUGCUUCCUAUUGUGAUGCUAUGAGGGAGAUUGAAGAAAGCAACCCCAGUAAGCAGAGUGAAGCAGAUAAGAUCCUGUCCAAAUAUGAAGCAGAUGUAGGUGUGCGCAUGUUCUUACUGACGAACUUGAAAAGAAUUGAAGAAAACGGCGGCCACAAAUACAGGUUCCGUGUACCUUAUGAGACUCUUCGUAAAUCCCUGAAAGAUGUUGGAGGUUUCGACGUGCCUGAUGGAGUAAAAUAUGACAAGCCAACACUAUUUAUUGCGGGUGGUAAGAGCCCGUACCGUAUACCAUUCUUAGAAAGUAGAGAAAAAAUCGAAUCAAUCUUUCCUUGUUCAAGUAUAGAAAUAGUGGAAGGUGCAGGCCAUUGGGUGCAUGCUGAAAAGCCCGAAGUAGUUUUGAGGUUGGUCACUGACUUUCUGAAAUAG